GAUGAGGGCAAGGCUGUAGACAUAGACAUAAUGGAUUACAGCAAGGCCUUUCAGAGGGUUCUGUGUGCGCUCUUGCAUACAAGUUUUGUAUGGAAACCUCAAUUGCAAUUGCUUCCACUGCCUUUUCAGGCAUUGAAAUAUAAAUUAUUAUAAGAAAUGUUCAUCGUUGAGAUUUAGUUCAAGUUCAUAAGGUCUAGGAGCAGAAUUAAACCAUUCGGCCCAUCAAGUCUACUCUGCCAUUCAAUCAUGGCUGAUCCAUCUUUCCCUCUCAACCCCAUUCUCCUGCCUUCGCCCAAAAACCCAUACUAAUUAAGAAUCUGUCAAUGACCACCUUAAAAAUAUCCAUUGAUGGCCUCCACAGCCGUCAGUGGCAAUGAAUUCCACAGAUGCACCACGCUCUGACGAAAUAAAUCCCUUCUCGUCUCCUUUCCAAAGAUCUGGUUAGUGACGGUUGCUAAUUAUACCACGGUUAUGGUAAACCCUUGAGCUUAGCAAGAAAGGAUCAGGGUCAUGGUGACCACCGGUUGACUUUGGUGUGACAUGGCACCGUGUGCCAAACAUCCUCCUACACCAAUGCCCGCGGUAGAUCCAAUGCCAACUGGCUUUACUGUCAGAACUUAAUUAGCAUCAAGAACAUGCUACCUGCCAUCAAGUAUAGACUUAAGCUCUUGUUAUUACUGCAAAAAUAAUCUAGUCUUAUGUGACCUCCCACCAUGUGUAGAUGUAAGAGUUACUGAGGAAGUGGUUGGACACUUUAUUCUCAAAAGAAAAGUACAAAGUGCUGGAGUAACUCAGCGGGUCAGGCAGCAUCUCUGGAGAAAAAGGACACAGUGCCUUCCAUAACGUUUGGGACAAAGACCCAUCAUUUAUUUAUUUGCCUCUGUACUCCACAAUUUGAGAUUGUAAUAGAAAAAAAAUCACAUGUGGUUAAAGUGCACAUUUGCUGAGGCCGCGAGUAUGCGGGAACUUCUCUUGAGCAUGAUGGAGAGUUCCAGUGACCUCAUAGGAUCCCCUAGGACCUCGCGUCGACCAUGCUACGAGUGAGUCGAGGGCAAACUCUUCUAAACUCGCAGAUAAGGUCGCCACAGUGGGACAGCCCCUUUACUAAACUAUGGACUACUUUGGUUGCACUAAGGACUUUGGGCGUUUUUGCACUAGUAUUGGGAUUAUUCAUUUAUUAUUUUUGUUUUGUUUAUGCUAUGUCAUCUAUGAAUGUUGUGAUUACAAGACUUUUAUGCUGCUGCUGCAAAUUCAGUGUCAGUUUUUGUGACAAUUAAACGCUCUUGGCUCUCUCUUGAUUACACGCACCACCGGACUCAGGAACAGCUUCUUCCCCUCUCUUAUCAGGCUUCCAAACAGUCCUUCCAUAAGCAAGGGUACUGUCCCAAUCUUCCAACCUACCUCAUUGUAUAUUGGACAUUUUCUCUGGAAUCGAUGCACUACAAUGCUUAGACAUAUAUUCUACACUGUAUCUCUCCCUUUGGUCUACUUAUUGCACUUGAGUUGGUCUGAUCAUAUUUAUUGUCAGAAUUGAUUGAAGAGCAUGCAAAACAAAGCUUUUCACUGUACCUCAGUACACAUGGCAAUGAUAUACCUAAAUGUGUAGGAGGGAACUGCAGUUUGUUGGUUUACACCGAAGAUAGACACAGAAUGCUGAAGUAGCUCAGCGGGUCAGACAGCAUCUCUGGAGAAAGGGAAUAGGUGACAUUUCGGGUCGGGGCCCUUCUUCAGACAGAGUCAGGGUAGAUGGAAUCUAGAGGUAUGAAAUAAUACAGAACAAAUCAGAGACAGCACAGAUGACCCAGAAAAGGUGGAGACCACAAUGGUCCCUUGUUGGCUGUGGAAGAUGCGAUAACAAAGGCAGAUAAACAGUGAAACUAACAGGACAAUUAAGGUGUGGGAGGGACAGGGAGAGAGGGGAUGCAAUGGUUACUUGGAAUUAGAGAAAUCAAUUAUCAUACGAUUGGGUUGUAAGCUGCCAAGCAAAAUAUAAGGUGCUGUUCCUCCACUUUGCUUGUGGCCCCAUUCUGACAGUGGAGGAGACCAAGGACAGAAAGGUCAGUGUGGGAAUGGGAGUUUAAACUAAACCCGAGGGAGAUGUUGUGGUGGAUUAAAGAUAUUGGAAGGUGUGCCGUACAAAUGCAAUCACUGACUCUGCGGUCCAUUGCUUUAUCUUGCAGGAUCAGGGUCAACGCCAGGUUAUAAUGGAAGGAAAAAGAAGCUUUAAAGAAGGUCCUGGAAAAGUUGUUUGGAAUGACAAUCUUGACAUUGUGCGCGAUUGAUAAUCGUCUACAAAGGGACUCGCCAUGAAGUGAACUUAAAAGCAAGCAUCGCUGGUUCUUUGGAUCGUUAUCAGGCAGGGACGUUGUGUCUGCGUUUCAACUCGGCGACCAUUGCCAGCAGAUGUGAGCUGGGCAGAGAGAGUCUAAAGAGCAGCGGACAUUUAGCAAAUGAAUCCUGCCGCCGUUCCGCAGAGACGAACGUGAAGCCUCUCCCUGGGUCAUGGAGCCCGAGUCGAGCUCUGCCCAGCAGAAGAGUACAGGGAGGUCCGAGCACAGCCCUAGCAGGAAGUCGAGCCAGAUUGAAGCUGGUCCCUCGGCUGGGAGGUCAACCGUUGCUUACCACCCGGGCCAGCUGCAGCCCUGCUUCUCUGGCGCCUUGCCCGUUCCUGCCCAUCAACAGGUCCUGGCGCCCGAUCAGACGGAACACCCCAGCUCCUACUCCUCCUACGAGCAGGUCCACCACAGCUCACCGCAACUCCUGCAGCAACCCAUGGCCUCGGCGUUCAUGGCUGCGGUUAAGCCGGAGCUCGGUCUGGAAGGGAGAUCCUGGCAGCUCUUCGACCCCAGAGGUCCCAUGGUGUCCGCUCCCUUCCACCCCUCCGGCCUCCACCCCCACCGGCAUCUUCUCCCCUCCCGCUCCCCCAUCGUGGCCAAGGAGGAGCCUCAACCAGCCCAACCCGUCCACGGCCACCACUCAGGGCAGGUCCCCUUGAAAGCAGACGAGUUGCCCAGGAAGGACAAGAAGCCCCAGAAGCCGGGCAAGUACAUCUGCCAGUUCUGCAGCCGCCCCUGCGCCAAGCCCAGCGUCCUCCAGAAACAUAUCAGGUCGCAUACGGGGGAGCGGCCCUACCCUUGCCACUCCUGCAGCUUCUCAUUCAAGACCAAGAGCAACCUGUACAAGCACAGGAAGUCUCACGCCCACAAGCUGAAGGCUGGGCUGGUGCCGGGCUCCAUGGGGGAGCCUUACCCGGGCACCUCGGGCCUGGACGCGGAGAAGCUGAGCGGGGACGAGCCCGAGGAGCAGACGGAGGGAGACGAAAGCACAGACUCCGAGGAUGAGACGGUCGGGAUGCCGCCGGGUCAUUCGCUCGACCCCCCGUCCAAGCACAAGCACAUUCCCGGCUGCAGCUCCUUCGGCCCUCCGGAGGCCAGCCCCAGGCAGCCGGCCUUCACCCUGGCUCAGCCGGGCGAGCCGUCGUCGUCGUCGUCCCUGGACGAAGGCUGCCACCUCUCGGAGUCCUCCUCCUUGGACCUCUCCUACAGCCACAAGCCGGACGACUCUCACACCAUCAAGCAGAGGCUGGCCCUGCGCCUGAGCGAGAGGAGGAAGGCGCUGGCCGCGGACGAGCAGACUCAGACCUUCCUGAGCCCGGGGGGCAGCAAAGGCAGCACGGAGUCGGGCUACUUCUCCAGGUCGGAGAGUGCCGAGCAGCAGCAGCAGCUCAGCCCGCCGCAGGCCAGCGCCAAGUCGUACGCCGAGAUCAUCCUGGGCAAGUACGGGCGCUACGGCCAGAGGACUGCCAUGAUCGCGGCCAGCGCCACCCACAGCAGGCUCAGGCUGCCUCCGCCGGCCAUGGAGGACAAGCCGUCGGGCCUCUCCUUCUCCCUGCCCAAGGCCCAGAUGGAGCAGAAUGUCAUCGAGCACAUCACCAAACUCAUCACCAUCAACGAGGCGGUGGUGGACACCCGGCAGAUCGACAGCGUCAAGCCCCGCCGCACCUCCCUCUCCAGGAGGGGAAGCAUCGAGUCGCCCAAGCCCGGCACCUCCAGGGAUUCCUUCCACUUCGACCCCAAGCAGGCCUUGUGUCCGGAGGCCAGCAGGCUCGCCCACCGCGGCCACACAGGCCUGACCGAGACCGUGCCCCUGACCAGGAGCAACUCCAUGCCGUCGGCCGGCACCUCCUGCACUGCGCCCGCCGCCUUCAAGGGCAGCCACUCGUUCGACGACCGGACCACGGAGCCGGACCAGGCCUUCAGCCAGGGCCUGAUCACCCACCACCGCAUGUUGAAGAGGCAGAAGGCCAUCGAGCUGCCCUCGGGCAUGGAGUACCAGGCAGUGGAGGAGGAAGGGGGGGAGGCGGCCAAGGAGAGGCCCGGGGUCGGGGAGGAGCAUGGAGAGGCCGAGGCCGAGCCCGCCAGGAGGGCCAAGAAAGGGCCGAGGGUGAAGGGGCUGAUGUACGAGUGCGACAUCUGUGGGGCCCGCUAUCGGAAACGGACCAACUACGAGACGCACAAGAAGUUUUACUGCUCGGAGCUGCACGCCCCUCGCACCCGGCCUCGGCCUCAGCCCCAGCCCCCGGCCUUGCCUGCCCUCGGCGGCCCGCAGGCCGAGCACAGGCCCCCCGGCCCAGAGCUGCAGCCGCAGCCGCAGAUCGUCCACUACAAGCUGCGGCCCUCGCUGGAGCUGACGCCGGCCAGGAAGAGGAGGAAAGAGAAGAGUCUGGGCGACGAUGAGGAGCCGCCCUAUGGCGUAGGCCCGAAGCCCCAGUCUGCCGUCGGUGUCGGUCCCGCUCCCGGCCCUCCCGCUCCCAGCCCCGGCUUACCGUUGAUGGCAAUUGAAGCGGCCGCGGACACGAGGAUCAGGCCGAUGGUCACCGCGGCGGAGGGGAGGCCGCCAUCGUCGACGCCGGCCUCGGAUGGCUCCAAACGCACGACGGGGAAGGAGAUCUCCGUCAUCCAACACACCAACACGCUGGGCCGGCCCGGAUCCUUCGAAGCGGCGCCCCCUCUCGAUCCCGCCGAGCACCUGGUCGCCUUGAGCUCGCAGGAGGCCGAAUAUAGCGGCCUGGUGGUGGUCGAGGCCGAGGAGAGAAGGCCGUGGCAACCACCACCAAGGCCCCACCAUCACCAUCAUCAUCACCACCACCCGCUGCAGGCCCGGCUCGUCCGCCAACGAAAGAUCCAGGUGCCCGAGAUCCUGGUGACCGAGGAGCCGGAGAAGGUGGAGGAGAAGAAGAAGAAGGAGGAGGAGGAGGGCCCGGCCGCUGCCGCCGCCGCCAAGGAGCCGGACAAGCCUCCUCCCGAGGAGUUCCAGUGGCCGCAGAGGAGCCAGACCCUCUCGCAGUUCCCCACCGAGAAGCUGCCGCCCAAGAAGAAGCGCCUGCGGCUGGCCGACAUGUCGCAGUCGUCGGGCGAGUCGAGCUUCGAGUCGGCCCCGCCGCUCUCCCGCAGCCCCAGCCAGGAGAGCAGCCUGUCCCGCGGCUCCAGCCUCUCGGCCUCCUUCGAGAGGGAGGGGGAUGGUGGCGUCGAGGCCCGCGUCGAGGCCCAGGUCCGGCCGUCGGGCCCACACAUGCUGACCGUGCCCGCUCACUACCAGCAGCAGAGGGAGAUGAGGCGCUCGUCCUCGGAGCAGGCCUCCUCCUCCUCCUCUUCCUCGGCCGCCCACCAGCCGCCCCCCGAGGCCCGCAGCAAGUCCUUCGACUACGGCAGCCUCUCCUCGGAGGCCGGGCCCGGCGUCAGGCUCCUCUCGCCCGCCUGGGAGCGCCGGAGGUGCCUGCUGGUUCGCCAGACCUCGCUGUGCGGGAGCACAGACCCCGGGCCCGACCCUCCGCCACCGCUCCCGCCCAGGCCAGACAAGGCCGAGCUAGGCCCGGUGGCGAGGUACCGCUCCCCCCCUCCUCCAGCACCCCGUCCCUGCCCACCCGGGGACCCCCCGCCACACUGCGAGGCCCAUCGCCCCUUCCCCGCCCCGGCCUUCCAGGAGGGGCCCCACUACCCGCCGCGGUACCUCUCGGCCUUCGGGCCCCAGCAGCAGCAAGGCCCGAUGUCAGCCCUGCUCUCAGCGCCAGAGGGGAUGCUGGCCCCUCUCCAGCCGCCACCCCCAACUCUCCCAUACCCCCACUACCCCCUGCCCCAUCCUGUGGCCCCCGAGCUGCCCGCCCGGCCCUCCCCGCUCCUGCCCCUGACCCCCACCCCGGCCCAGCCUCCCACCUACCUGCCCGCACGAUCCCAGCUGGCCUUCCAGUUGCAGGCCGGAGGGCGAUUCAGGGACCGCAAACCCCCCUUCCACCCACUGCCGGAGUACAGCCCCUCUCCCUCCUUCCCACCCCCCACCAUCACCCAUUCCCCUGAGCCCCUGCGGCCCACGGUGUCCCUGGUGGUGCCGGUCAGGGUCCAGGAGCACUUGCCCACCUACGGCAGUGCCAUGUACACCACCCUGUCCCAGAUGCUGGUCACCCAGUCGGCAGAUAGUUCCACCACCGUGGUCAUCUGCAGGGUGGAGGACAGCAGACCCAAGGCCACCCUGGUCUGCAGCGCCGGCGUGCACGGUAUCGGCCUGGACUUGGCGCAGAUGAUCGCCGGCCACCACCGGGACUUCUUCCCCUCGCCCUACCUCCGAGUGCCCGUGCCCAUGGCGGAGAGGACAGGUUGCCUCAUGCUCGGGUCCACCACAGAAGGUACCUAUGCAGCCGAGACCUACCCGUCCACCAUCGGUGGGAGCAAACGUAUGUUGUCCCCAGCCGGGAGCUUGGAACUGACGAUGGAGACCCAGCAGCAAAAGCGAGUGAAGGAGGAAGAAAUAGAGGAAGAAUCGGAAGAGAAAGCUGAAGCAAGAACCGACGAGGCUUUGAGAAGACACUCUCCCCAGCCGUCCAGACGGUGCCAAGCUGAGACCAAGGUCUCGGCUGUUCAGACCUCGUCUCCUCCCCUCACGUCCUCCCUGCAGCCACCUGGGACUUCUGGUAAACACGAGCACUGGUCUGGACAUUUAUUCAGAGGUAAAACUUCCCUCGGACCAGUGAAGAAGGAAGAUCAUCUGGAGGUCAUCCAAGAGAGAUCUCCAGUACCUUUGCAAGAGUUUCACACGCUCCCGUCCAGCACAUUACCAGACCGACCGUCGAGUGCCAGCCCCGCAAAGCCCGCUGCUGUUCCCUGCACGGACGCAGGUGAUGCCCAUCGCUUCCCCAGCCUCCACACCACCACCAACGUCAGCUGGUGCUACCUGAAGUACACCAAGCCCAACCCCAGCCAGCACACCGACCCAAGGUCCUCCGUCUACGCCAGCUGGUGCAUCAGCCUGCACAACCCCAAUCUGCCAGGCAUGUCCACCAAGCUCAGCCUCGCCCUCCUGAGGUCCAAGCAGAUGUCCGGCAAGGAGAUCUACACCAUGGCCACAGCUCCACGCCGCCAGACGGGCAAGUUGGUCCCAUCCAGUGCACGGAAGCUCCGGGUUAGUGAGAUGCACAUCCCUUCAGUGCAUUCUGCAGAUGAUGGGAAAGAAGUCUGCAAAGUAGAAAAAGAAGAAGAAAGAAGAAAGAAGCAUGAAGAUGAUAGUUCAACACCGAAGAGGCUGGAGCCUACACGGAUUAAGAUCUUCGAUGGAGGGUAUAAGUCCAACGAAGAUUAUGUUUAUGUGCGAGGGAGGGGAAGGGGAAAGUAUGUGUGCGAGGAAUGUGGAAUUCGCUGCAAGAAACCAAGCAUGCUGAAGAAACACAUCCGCACACACACAGACCUUCGGCCAUACGCCUGCAACUAUUGUAACUUUGCCUUCAAAACCAAAGGGAAUUUGACGAAGCACAUGAAGUCAAAGGCUCACAGUAAAAAGUGCCAGGAGAUGGGAGUGACUGUUGCUUUAAUGGAAGACCUGGAAUCUGAAGAAGGAACCAGUGAAGAGCCAACGAAGAUAGCAGAAGAAAGCGAGGGUACAGAUCUGGCAGAAGAACACCAGUUUUCGGAUGUUGAGGAGUCAGAUGAUGACGAUGAUAAUGAAGAUGAUGAUGAAGAGGAGGAAGAGGAGGAACCAUUUGUGAAGUCUUCGGAGGCUGCGAGCGCCAGUCCUCAAACAGCUGGAUCUUCCAGAGGGGAGACCUCGUUAUCUUCAUUAGAAACCGCCUCCAAGCAGGGAUCUAGUUUAACCAGUCAGUAUUCGUUGAUGAGUUACCCAAUGUCAUCAUCUCAGCUUCGAGCCACAGAGUCACCUGUUGUUCCUGCAUGUCACAGCAUCUCACAGAGCCAGCAGAUAGGAAGCACUCCGAUGCCUGUAUUGCCAUCCGCUGAGCAUUUUCCAUCAGGGCAUGGGGACCCUGCACUGAAGAGGCACAGCAUCCCAAGUGAAGCCAUCUCACCAUCCAUAGACCCAUCGCCGUGGUCCCCAAAGAGAGAGGCGUCACGUUUGUGUCCAGGCAGCGACAGCCCAUCAGGAAGACGCUCAUCGCCGGCGAGAGAGGCAACGCUAAAAGAACGUCCGUCCUCACUAAGAGAUAUGUCGCCUCCAAGACACCUCUCGCCAGGCAGGGAAUUAUCACCCAGGAGAUGCCUGUCACCAGACCGAGGUAUAUCACCGAGGAAACAUCUAUCUCCAGGAAGAGAGGUGUCGCCCAGCAGAUGCCUAUCCCCGAGGAUAGAAGUGUCAGCUGGGAGAGUGUCACCCAGGGCACAUUUGUCACCAGAAAGGGAAGUAUCUCCUGGACGAACUUUGCCAUCAAGCAUAAAAACGUUGCCUGUAAGGUGCCUAUCUCCAGCAGGAGAUGUCUCCCCAACUAGACGGCUGUUGCCAGUGGGGAAGGAGUCGUCUCUCAGACACCAGUCUCCGGUGAAAGAUGAACUGCCGAGUAGAUGCCACACUCCGGUUUGGCAAAGUAGCCACAGCUCCUCAGCUCCUCCACAGCACAUUGGUUCACCUUUAUUGGGUCUACCUCAACGGAAAUCCAGCAAAGAACAGGAGCAGUCUGAAGUUAAAAUGAAGAUGUCUGGAAUGGGAUUCCGCAGCUUGCACGAGCAACCAACAACACCAUCUCAAGCCUUGCAUUUUUGCUUAUCGAGAAAUACUCAGACAGCACUGGAAGGGCAAAGUUACAGUGGGCUAACUGGGAGCGUACAGGAUUAUGUCUUCAGUCAUCUUCCUCUGCACUCACAACAGCUGGUCAGGACACCCUACCCCAUGAUCCCAAUCGGUGGGAUUCAGAUGGUUCAGGCAAGGCCAGGCUGCCAUUCAGGUUUGGUGCCUUCACAAGUCUCUCUCCAGCCAGGGUUUCCUGUGAGCCCGUCUGCAUCCAGCCCAUUCAGUGCAAGCAGGUCGGAGGCCACGGUACAUAUCGAAGAAGAGGUGUUGCCGAAGUCUACGUCAGCUGAAGCAACGACUUCCGAACCUUUGCCUUUACAGCUCCCGUUUGCUCCCACGACCCCUCUCAUCACGGCACCUUCUCCGAGCAGAAGCGGUAAGAGGACAGAGACUGCUGAGCUCAAAGAAGCAGCAUUGUACAAACAGGAGGAAUACAGGGUACCAAUUCAUACCGAACCCAGCACUAUCGCCACUCUGAGCCGCUCAGGAAAAGAAGCCGGCUCCGACAGACUGGACAGUCCCAGCGCCAGCCGGGAGCAAUCCCCAAAGUCUUCGACCAGCAGUGAAGGAACCUCAAAGGACCCGAGCACGACGCAGUUUGGGUGUCCGGACACCUACUAUGAAUCGGCCCGCACUUUAGCCGCCCUGCACCCGCCGCAAGGCAGCAGUGGUAGCAGCUCGUCAGAGUCCGUGAGCUCCACUCACACUUUCCAAACCAGUGCUGGCAGGACUACUCCAUGUGGGCAGUGUCCACCAGUUAGAAUGCAAAUGGGAAGUAGCCCAGAGUCGAAGGGUGAAGGCUUCAAGCACCCUGACGCACAAAAGGACGAUAAGACAGGAAACGUAUAGCAGCCGCCACCAUGCUGGCUCGCCGAUGAAGAAAAUGGAACGGCAUUCAUCAACACUAGUUCUCCUUCAGCAGACUCACAGAUGUUGUUCAUACGACGCAUUCACCUAUUAUAUACCUGUUAACAUGACCAAACUCACCAGAACGAUUCCUGUUUUAAAAUUGUCCGAGUCCAGUAUUAUUUAAAUGUACACAGUUACUUGUGCCUUUCUCCCUUAUUUUGUGUC